GUUGAAUGGCCUUUUUAUUACUUCCCUACAUAUAUCAAGGAGAUUGUCGCGCUAUUAGUAUAAUGUGAUACCUUUCUUUUUAAAAAAAAUGUCUAGAUUGUGUAACCCCCAAGCGAUGAGGACAUGGCUGUCAAAGAGUUGCCUGCUCCAAACGAGCAUAAAAGGGACUAAUAUCUACCUCUACAUAGGGCUGGAUUAGGAGGUUGCCUGAGGACUGCUCAGGUCCUCUUGGAACUACUGGAUGAUCCAGGUCAAAUUGAUAGGGACGGUAGAAUGCGCCUACACCUAGCAACCCUCAGACGGCAUACCAAGAUUAUUGACCUCCUUGGGAAGUGUGGGAUACCUUACACCAAGAAGAAGAGAACAGAUAUUCCUCAUAUAAUUCGCACCCAUGAUGACAAACGACAAAAACCGCUAAUACUGGCAUCGCAAAUGGGACAUAUUAAUUGCGCGAGGCAGUUCUUUGAGUCCCGUGUAGAUAUCAGCAUCAAAGACGCUACUGGGUAGACUGUCGUGCAUUAUGCCGUGCUGAAUUGCCCUGAAAUUAUCAAAGACGUCGCGGGGCAAGACUAAAUGGGUAUAAUUGAUGAAGAAGGCUGCACACAAUUGCAUAUAGCACCAAAGUACAGCAGCGUUAAGGCAACAUUCAUCCUUUUGGACGUCAUACUCGGGUCUGAGAAACCGGACCAAACCAUCAAGUCUCUAGGCAAUAGGAAGAAGACGGUACUUACUCAUACUUGAAGACAUCCGCUUUCGAUGCGCUGAAAUAAGGAAAUAUCAAAAUUCUCCAAUCGAUGUACAGCAAGUUUGGUGUUAUCUUGGAGGUUGACGACCUGUUUUAUGCCGCUCUAGAAUAUGCUGUGAGAUCUUCCGCUGUAAGAUGACUCGCCUCCUGCUGGGUCUGUCUCCAAAAGCUGUGAAGAAGGCCGGUCAAGAUGAUGAAAUGCUGCUCCAUGCCGCAGGAGAAAGCAAUUCAAUGGAAAUCGUCACACUCCUCCUAGAAUCAAAUG